AUGCUGGGAGUUGGUGAGCGCGACAGGCCCUCAAUUCGUAGAAAUCGACUGUCCAUCCAAACUAUCCAAUGUCUGGGACGGAUCAAUUCUCUCAGUCUGGCAGGAAGCCAAUACCAAAGAACAAUGGAGGCUGAAAAUUUUCUACAAUCCGCCUGGUCCGAGAAGGCAUUUAGGCGUCGUCCUGUACCGAGCCCUCUACUCUCAGAAUAA